AAAGAUAGGAGAGAUUCCAAAUCAUUCACGUCAAGCUGGUUUUUAGCUUUGCUUUGAUGUUUCUAAGAAUAACCAACUUCCAAUGUUAUGCCAUUUCUUUAAAACCACUCUCUCCGUCUAAAAUUCUUUUGGUUACAAACCAAUCUUCUCCGAGGUUGGGAUUGGAAUCCUUCCCCCUCUCAUAACAUGAGCACGUAACUUUAAUUGAAUUUUUGUUGGGGAUUUUCAUGCUUGUUUGAUUAUCCAAGAACUUUUCAAGUUCAAUUUUGAAGAGGAAUUUGAAUUGAAAUACAAAGUGUUCUUCUUUUUCUUGGAGUACUUGAAAAGCCUUGGAUAAUGGCAGCGGAAGAUACAGGAAGAGAGACAAUAGAAGAGAACCCAGAAAGGGAAUCAAAAUCCAGGGAGAUGAGAAGUGAAUCACUGAAUGAUCAGCCAUCCCCAAGAGGUGUAUUGGAGAUUCCUGUCCUCGGAUCAGAGUCUGAUACCAGCAGCUGCAGCAGCAAUUCUAGCUCCUACUCUCCAAAGAAGCCCGUUUUUCAGAAAUGCAACCGAGAUUCUUAUGGCUUGCAAUUCAGGAAUAUAAUUGGUUCAAUCAAGACGAAAACAUCGAGAAGGUUCUCUGUCAUUCCUUUGCUGACAAGUUACGAGACUUCCCGGAGGAACUUGAGGAGGAAACUGGCAAAACUUCAAGGCUCUGAGGAAGAAGAAGAGGUUGAUAUUGACUGCAUACCCGUGGCUAAACCAUCAUGGAAGAAUUUUUCUUAUUCAGAGCUUUCUGCUGCUACUGAUAAUUUCAGUCCUGAGAAUUUGCUCGGAAAAGGGGGCCAUGCGGAAGUAUACAAGGGGCACUUAUCUGAUGGUCAAAUUGUAGCAGUGAAGAAGCUAAUGAAGAAUGAGAAUGAAGAAGAGGACAGUGCCAAUGAUUUCUUGUCAGAACUUGGGAUUAUUGCUCACAUUAAUCACCCAAAUGCAGCUCAUUUAAUCGGAUUCAGCAUUGAUGGAGGCAUGCACUUAGUCCUCAAGUUUUCCCUUCAUGGCAGUCUUUCUUCUUUGCUUUUUGGUUCACCUGAGUGUCUAGAUUGGAAGACAAGGUUUAAGGUGGCUAUUGGGAUAGCAGACGGAUUGAAAUAUCUCCAUCACGACUGCCAGAGGCGCAUUAUACACAGAGACAUCAAAGCCUCUAACAUAUUGCUCACCCAAGAUUAUGAAGCUCAGAUUUCAGAUUUUGGUCUGGCAAAGUGGCUUCCAGAAAAUUGGCCUCACCAUGUCGUCCAUCCUAUUGAAGGAACAUUCGGGUAUUUAGCUCCAGAGUAUUUUAUGCAUGGGAUUGUUGAUGAAAAGACUGAUGUAUUCGCAUUUGGAGUUCUAUUACUGGAGAUAUUAACAGGUCGCCGUGCAGUCGAUUCAUCCAGACAAAGCCUUGUGAUAUGGGCAAAGCCACUCCUGGAAUCAAAUCAAGUAAAGGAAUUGGUUGAUCCUCGACUAGAAGACAACUAUGAUCAAACUGAAAUGAAACGUGCUAUGUUAACAGCUUCCAUGUGCAUUAGCCACGUAGCCACCAUGCGCCCGAGCAUGACAAGGGUUGUACAGUUGCUCAAGAAUGAAGACGGUCCCGUAGAAUGUCAGCAGAAGUCUCGUGGAGGGAAAGCAGUAAUCGUAGACGGUUGUGAUUUAAAUCGUCACAUGCAGAUGGUUAUGGAGUAAAUAAUGCUUGGUGCCGCUGCUGCAGCCACUGUUUUUCUUUUGUUGUUUGUGUGUAAAUUGGAACAAUACAGCAUGGCCCUGCAGGGUUUGUUGUUGAUAAAAUCCAUGACAUGAUUCUUCAGGUUUUAAGCUUCC